CAUGGCGUUCCCAGAUUCGCAAGUGUGCUUAUCGACGAGGCUGCGCAGUGUCGCGAAGGAAGUGCUUUAGUCCCGCUCCAACACGGCCCGAGCCGAGUCGUUCAGAUCGGAGACGAAAAACAGCUCGCAGCCGUCGUAAAGAGUGAACGUGCUCGUGACGUUUUAGGCGCUGGCCAGAGUCUGUUUGAGAAGUGUGUACAGAGCGGCGCACCCGUGAUCCAACUGAGCGGACAGCGCAGGAUGCACUCCAGUAUAGCGGCUUUUCCGAAUGUGCAGAUCUACAAAGGCAGUGUCGAGAAUGCAAUUCUUCCAAAAGCAUCGUCAGACAAGAAAAGCAGCACUAGAACAGGAGCUGCACCGGGAAUCAUCAUGAGUGAAAAAAUCGCUCGCCCCUUAGUGCACGGUUGGCAAUGGCCUGAAUACGUGAAUUUAGCAGAAGACGACGGAAACUUCGGAGACAGCUUUCGUGUGGCCUUCGUCGAUAUGGAUCAAGACUUCGAAGAUAGAGAUUGGCGCGAAGAAAAAGCGUUUGCCUCCACUAGCACGCGGAAUCCAUCAGAGGCGCGUCUGGUGAUCGAAGUAGCGUUUGGACUCUUAGCGGCUAAUUUUCCGGACUUACGACCUGGUGAUAUCGGCAUUGCAACUCCCUAUGUUGACCAGAAGAAAGAGUUGUUGAAAAGUGUGGCUGAAUAUCCUCG